UCUCAAGUGAAGACUUCAACACUGUCAACUAUUCGAUAAGAUCCGCCCCCUGCGUUGACUGUUGCUUCAUUCUGAUUUUGGUUUGCUAGUAAAACCUAGCGUAGUGUGAAUCAGGAAAGCGGACUCAGUAUAAUUGUCUGAUCUAUAACCAGAAGAAAAUGGCAAGCAGUGACAAAAUUAAAGAGAAGGUCCCGACAGUGGAGGCGCACUUUAAAAAUGUAUCGCGGAGAAAAUAUUUAAUAGGACCGAUUACUUUCCUGCAUCUGCUUGGGUUCUCCAUUUAUAAUGGCACAACUACCCUCUAUUACCCGUACUCGAUAGGUAGAGAACUGUUUCCAAAUUCUUCCAUGGGGAGAGAGAAAAGUUCCAUCUGUAAUACAAACACAAAUACAACGGACACGGACAAUGGAAAAAUCAUCCAAUCAGAGGUGGCCACGUUUUUGAUUUAUGUCGCUAUAAGUGCAGGUAUUCCUUGCAUUCUCGCUAAUUUGUUCUUCGGAAGCAUUAGUGACCGCUUUGAAAUCAAAAGGCUGCUGCUGUUUCCUGCAAUUGGAAUAUUGAUUUCGCAAUUUUUUAUGAUUGCUUUCAUGUAUUUUGAUAUCGAGUUAUACUACUUAUUGAUACCGUCAUCGUUACUCGGACUUACCGGAGAAACAUUUGCACUUAUUCAGUUUACGUUAUCAUAUGCUUCAAAAAUCACAAAAAACGGCAAAGAACGAACAGUUGCCAUGGGUUUGAUGGAAAUCUGUAUCGGCAUGGGUAUCUUAAUCGGCGGUGUCAUAGCAGGUUAUAUUAUACAAGCUGCCGGGUAUAUUUGGUCGGUUGUCACAGCUUGCCUGGUCAUAUUUUGUAAUCUCAUUUUAAUGUGUCUGUUGCCAGAAAUUAUCGAAAGGAAAACCAAAGAACCCUGGCGCUGUUUAGAUCUUAUAAAAUCUUUUCAAAAAUCACUCCAGUUCUAUUACUCGAAAUCAUAUUCUGGAAUAAGAUGGAAAUAUAACAUCGGGCUCGCUAUCCUUGUCGUAGGAUGGGUGACUGUAAUCGGGAGAAACAACACAGAAGUUUUAUUCAUCAUUAGCCCUCCAUUUUGCCUCAAUCCUAUCGAUGUUGGAUGGUUCCACGCUGCCCGAGGGAUAAUGCAGCACGGAAUUGCAAUGGUUCUUAUCCGGGUUUUUGUGACGUGUUUGAGCCCCGAAGCUAUGGCGAUAAUUGGAGCUAUAUCGGGAGUCAUCGCGUUCGUUGUGGAGGGGAUCACCAGCUCCAAAGUAGUCUUGUUUCUGACUACAGUUAUUGGAUUUGGAACAUCAAUGGGAAUCGUAAUGAUGAGAGUCAUCAUGUCCAGGGAAACACCUGGUGACAAGCAAGGUGCUCUUUUUGGUGGUAUGGCUGCUGUCCAAACUGCAUGCACGUUUUUUGGAUCCAUGCUCUUCAGUGCUAUAUACAAAGACACAGUUUACUUCUAUAAAGGGACUAUCUUCCUUAUCAUGGCGGGAUUGGUCUUCCUAUCUCUGAUUUUAUGUCUGUUAUUGGUUAUAAUUCCAAAGUUCAUGGGGAAAGAGUACGAUCUUCAGUCAAAGAAAUCCAAGAUCCUGGAAUUGGAUGUCAAAUUGUGAUAAAAGUACAACAUUGUGAUAAUUCCUUUGUGACCAGAGAAGCGUAUGGUGUCCAUUCAAUGCGAAAUACGAUUAAUGAUCUUGUUAUGUUCUGGAAAAAAGUAUUUAAAAAUGGUUCAGAGCUGGAUCGCAUUGCAGAAAUAGUUGAUAUCAUCAGGCAAUACGUUAACACAAUCUUCCCCAUACACUAUACGUCAUUACUUUGUUGAGGAUACUUCUUACAGAAAAACUAUUUGGAUGCAACAGGAACCAAUUAAAGAGAGCUAUUUAUAUUGCAUUCAUAAAUUUCAAAAUACUGUUGGUAAAUAGAUACAAUUCAA